AACACGGCGGCGCAAGCGGCGGCGGCGGCGGCGGCGGAGGCGGCGAAGGCGGAGGCGGCGGCGGAGGCGGCGGCGGCGGCGGCGGCGGCGGCCUCGGCUCGUGUGAUCGAGCGAGACGGGUACUUUUCGGACGAGUUGAGCGACUUUGAGCAGGAGCUGGAGGCGGCGUGGCAUGCGGCGAUCGCGUCGUCCGCGGCGUCGGCCGCCGCCGCGGCGGCGGGCCAAGCCGGCGGGCCCCCGCCUCCCCCGCCACCUCCGGGCGCACAGCGGCGCAUGCACCGGCCGACCGACCAGCAGGCCGGCAGCCGCACCGGCGGCACGCACGGCAUGUUCUGCGCCGCCUCGCCCUCGCCGCCGCCCUCGCCCUCGCCACUCUCGCCGCCUCCGGGCGCACAGCGGCGCAUGCACCGGCCGGCCGACCAGCAGGCCGGCAGCCGCACCGGCGGCACGCACGGCAUGUUCUGCGCGGGCGGGGCUCGCGCACGCGUCGUGCCGACGAGGGUGGGGCCGUCGCGGUUCUCUGCUUGCCCUCUGCGCGUCGGCGAGUACGAGAUGCAACCGCUGACCAUGCCAGCCUCCGAGGCGAUGGGAUCGUCGCUACGGUGCUUCGUGUACCACCACGUCGACGGCCCUGGGCACAUCCUGAUCGUGGGAGAGUGCGUCGUGCUCAAGGGGUUGGGCGUGCCCCACCAGUUCGGCCUGUACUACGGUGGGUCGCGCACGGGCCAAACCUUUGCCUUUCCGGCGGACUUCCUGGGGAUGUUCGAUGGAGAGACAAUCGACGAGGUGACCACCGAGUGCACGCGGGGUGAGGCGGAACGCCUGAUGCUCAACCGGGAUGGGCGAGGCGGACAGGCGCCCUCCGCGUACUGCAUCCUGCUUCGCCGUGCUGGGUGGUGCGCAGACGAGCCCACUCUGACGCCGGGGUGGCGGCUCGUCGAGAUCGACCGCAGGUCGCCACUGGCGUACGCCAACAGCUGCCACGGCACGGGCCGGGACUCGACCUUUGCCGUCGAUCAAAAAGGCGCCGCCGAGGUGAUCAGCUCGAACUCCGGCUUUCCGAUGGGCGCCUUGCCGGCGACCACGACGCAGUUGACAGCCGCCUCUGCCCUGCUCCUCAACUACGCGCUCCCGCCAACGCCCGUCGGCGCGACGCGCGUCGGUGACGUUGCGCCGUCGCCGCCCGGCUCCCCCCCGAACACGGGGUGCGACGGCGGCGGGGGCGGUGGCAGCGGCGACUCGCCUGGCGGCGGCCAGCCCGCGCCUCUGCGGCAGCACUCGCCCAUGUCCGUCGACGGCGGGUCCGACGGCGACGGCGGGUCCGACAGCGACGGCGGGGACGGCGGGUCCGACGGCGACGGCGGGGACGGCGGCGGCGGCGGCGGCGGCGGCGACGGCAGCGGCGGCGACUGCGGCGACGGCGG